AUGGCGGAAGGAACAGCAAAGACGGGCGAGGAGAUCACGAUCAACGUCAAGGGUCCCUCCGAGCUCAAGAUCCAGAUCACUAUCGCUCCGUCCAAGCUCGUCGGCGAGCUGAAGGAGGCGAUUGCGAGCAAGAGUGAUGUGGAGAAGGAACGGCAGAGGUUGAUCUACUCUGGUAAGGUAUUGAAGGAUGAAGAGUCAAUAUCGGCGUACAAGAUCCAGACUGGACACACGAUACACAUGGUCAAAGGCGCCGCUAAGACUGCUGCCGCCCCCGCCGCAGCAUCAGGUUCGGCAGGAGCUACCGGUCAGCGAUUGCCUCAGAUGGGUACGGGGCUGAACGUCGCUGGAAACCCUGUCGAUAACGUGGAGAACAUUCAUCAUGGUCUGGCUGGCUUCAACCCCUUUGCUGGGAUGGAGGGUAUCAAUAACUUGAACGACCCCAAUGCGAUGGCGAGCAUGAUGCAGAGUCCGGACUUCCUGCGGUCUAUGUCGGAUAUGAUGUCCCGCCCCGAAGUUGUCGACCAGAUCAUUUCAGCCAACCCCCAACUUGCUGGGAUGGGUCCCCAGAUCCGAGAGAUGAUGAACAACCCGAUGGUCCGGCAAAUGAUGAGUAACCCCGACUCCUUACGCAUGAUGAUGCAGAUGCAAGCGGCAAUGGAGAAUGGCGGGGGUGGUAUGGGAGGCAUGGGAGGUAUGGGCGGGAUGGGUGGACUCGCAGCACUUAUGGGCGGUCAAUCAGGCGCAGCGGGUGCUGGUGCCGGCGUAGGAGCAGGCGGAGCGGCCGCACCUACCGAUCCCUUCCCGAACCUCUUCGCACCGCAAGCUGGCGGUGCAGCAGCCGGUGGGGCACCAGCGACUGGCGCGGCGGGCGGAGCAGCUGCUAAUCCUUUGGCGGCGCUCUUUGGACCUGGCGGGGGAAUGGGCGGUAUGGGAGGGUUCGGCGGAGCAAGAGGUGCAGGCGCGGGAGCUGGUGCUGGCGCUGGCCAAAACCCGUUCGGCGGAUUCGACCCGGCGAUGUUGCGGAUGCUCGGUGGGGGUGCGGGCGGGAUGGGUGGGAUGGGCGGAAUGGGCGGUUUUGGAGGAGCGCCGGCUGCGCCAAGGGAUGAUCGGCCGCCAGAGGAGAUUUACCAGACUCAGCUGGGACAGUUGAACGCUAUGGGCCUAUGGGACGCGCAGAAGAACAUUACGGCUUUGAGGCGGACGGGCGGGAACGUGGAAGCUGCGAUUGAGCUGAUCUUUUCCGGUCAGCUCGGAUGA